AUGGCGGGGUCGUCCACCGACCCCACCGACCCUCUCUUCCACUCCGACCUGCCCUACAGCGCUCCUAACCCUGCCAGCUCCGCGCACCUGUCCGGAGCUUACCUGAGCGGCAGAGUCCUGGUCAAUGUGAACGGGACGAGCGGCAACGCGAGCGGCGCCGUCACCGCUCCGCCGACUCACACCUCGUGUAAGAUGGUGGAAGUUCACGGUGUGCAGGUGGCGUCGUUCUCGGUGGACGGAGCGGAGCUGAUCUGCCUCCCGCAGGUGUUUGAGCUGUUCCUGAAGCACCUGGUCGGAGGUCUGCACACCGUGUACACCAAGCUGAAGCGGCUGCACGUGAGUCCGGUGGUCUGCAGCGUGGAGCAGGUCCGCGUGCUGCGGGGGCUCGGAGCCAUUCAACCGGGAGUCAACCGUUGUAAGCUCAUCACACGGGCCGACUUCGAGACGCUGUACCGGGACUGUACCAACGCCAGCUCUCGACCAGGCCGUCCUCCGAAGAGGAUGCUGGGCGUGGCCACGGUGAUGGACGGCUCCAGGCUCCUCCCACAUUGUCUGAUAAGCCCUGCCCUGCUGUCACAGACAGGUGUUACUCAGGCGAUGGUCGAGGCUCUCAAGCUGCAGAAGAUGAGAAUGAUGAUGGGUUUCCAUGGCAACAGCGAUCUGCACCGUCAGCACAACGGUGCUGAGUCAGAGAACGACGACACAGGAGGCAGUGAAGGAUCCUGGGAGAAGGAGCAGCGCCUCCUCUCUCCUCCCUCCUCCUCCUCAGCUGUAGCUCCUCCUCCUGGUUCCUCUCUGCAGCAUCACAGCACCCUAUUGGCCAACCGUCUGUCAGACUUUCCUUUUAUGGUCAUGCCACACACCCUCCUCCCCGUGGGCCUGCCCCCUGCCCGCGUUGCCAUGGCGAUUAACCAGAUGAGUCAGCUGAGCGGUUUGGCAAACAUGGCCGUCGUGUCACAUGUUCAACUAGAAGAGAGCAAGGAGUCUUCUCCAGGAAGCCCCUCCCCUUGCCCCUCCCCCAGUGACGAUCCCCGAGAACCAACCAGCCAAUCACAUUCCAAAGCCUCUUCAUCCUCCUCUUCAUCACCUCCUCCUCCAGCAGACUCACCGGAGCUUGACGGAGAGAUCAACUUUAGAAAGGUGUUGAAAGAAACAGCUGACAGCCUGAUGCCCCUCCCCCUCCUCAAACCGACCUACGAGAAGCUGGCGCUCACCUCUCAGCCGCUGUCUUUCAACCACGCAAACCCCGCCUUCGCUCCACUCCUGUUGACUGAGGGUUUGUCUUCAAUGGAGACGCUGCUGAUCAACAUACAGGGUCUCAUAAAGAUGGCGGUGGACCGCGUUCGUUCUCAGGACAAACACAACCAGCUGGAGAGGAAAGCUUUAAAAGUGGAACUGGAGAGAGAGAGAGACGCACGACAAAUACUCCAGAGACAGCUGACCUCCGAGCUACAGACAAGAGUGUCGAUCCAGAGAAGGCUGAAGAAGGAGAAGAAGGCAAAGAGGAAGCUGCAGGAGGCGUUAGACAUUGAGUCGAGGAGGAGAGAGCAGGUGGAAAGAGCGCUCACAGAUGCAGUGAUUCCUGAGAGAGAACUGGAGAACAAACAGCAGGAAAACUCUUUAGCUCAAGAAAACCGAGCGUUCAUCAAACCUUCACCUGUCUUCUGAGACCUCAGACCACAUGAUGAGGAAGAGGAUGAAGAGGAGGAGC